GGAGCUUGAAAAGCUGCCAAUAAUUUUGUUGAUCCGACGUUGUACGCUGUUUAUAGGAUGGCCAGAGGGAGGUACUUAGUUACAUACUUACCACAAGAGCAUCAACGUGAUCAUGAAGAAGAACAUUUUUUCGGUCUUUGAUUUUAAAGAUUUGUACGGUUUUAGUUUACCGCUCGCCCGACCAUGCCGGUGUUUUCAAGCGCGAAUAAUUGUCUCGCUUUUUGUCACUGUCUUUGAUGAUGCAAAAAGGAGGAUUUUUUCGAUUUACCUUGUUAUAUCAUUUUGCUUCGCAUCAUAUGAUGAAUUUUUAGAAGAUCAAGAUGCUCGGCGACGUUUUUCUGCACAUCUACCAUGUUACCAACCGCAAAGAGGUGAAACAGUUCAACGACCUGAUUGGUAAGCUAACCACGGAAACUAUUGGGGCCUACCACAUCGGUGUUGAGGUGUACGGCCGCGAGUGGAGGAUAUGAGGAAGGAAACCAUUUACCCUAUGGUGGUCGAGGAUAUGAGGAGGGCGUUUGGUUUGACGUCUAUCACGAAGGACUUCUACCAGCAUGCGGAGGAGUAUGAACGACAAGCAGGUGCAGGACGAGUAAAAAUAGAAGAGAGUCCACUCUCUCAAGAUGAUGAUGGUGCCACAUCAGACCGGAAGCACAGUCCCGCUUCCGACAUGAGAGACCGGAAGACUAUGAAACUCCAGAAUAUGAAUAGCACUCCUCAACAUGCAGAAGCAGAUGUAGAUGAUGCACCGUCGCCGGAAGCGGUUUUAGAUGCUCCCGCUGUGGAGGAGCUUGUAGAGUAGAAUUUGAGAAUUUUUAGAAGUGUAGUCGCUGAAAGAAAACUAUGUGCCGCCAAGAAAGACUCCUCACGAGGGUGUUGAAAGUAGUUCGCGCGACACCUACGGUUUCGUGUGGUGAGCAUUUUUGCUCGAUGAC